ACUUUUAAAAUCAUACAUGCACACACACACAUAAGCGGAAAAAGCAUUACACGGCACAUAUAUGUAGAGUAUGUUUGUGUGUGUGACAAAUAAUACUUGAAACAUAUAUGUAUGUAUAUAGCCCUGAUUAACUUUACUUCCAGUGGGCUUUGACAUUGUAAUACACACUCUACCGCUAGAUGGUGACACUUCCCAUACGUUGUGUUAUUUUCUGUCCUAAUCCUUCCAAGAUGGCGCUGCACAUGCUGCAGAGAUGUGUCUGUCUUUCGAAAUGCUUCUCAAAAUACGCGAUGCCCAGAUUUACAGCCAGAAGUCUCCUAUCUGCGUCAUAUACAGACCCCAAAAUAUGGGAGGACAGAGACCCAGAUCCUCGCAACUUGGCUGAGUUAGCGGCUCUAAUGGACCGGACAUAUGAGCGGAAAUUGCCUGUCAGCUCCUUAACUAUCUCACGGUUUGUUGACAACAUAACUUCAAGGGAAGAAAUUGAACAGACAGUAUAUUAUCUGUACAAGUUCCGUCACAGUCCAAACUGCUGGUACCUUAGAGACUGGACCAUCCACAGUUGGAUUAGACAAUGUCUCAAAUAUGGAGCCAGGGAUAAGGCCUUGUAUACCCUAAAAAAUAAGGUGCAGUUUGGGAUUUUUCCUGAUGAAUUCACAUUCAACCUCCUGUUGGAUUCAUUCCUGAAGGACAAAGACUUCGGAGGUGCCUGGUCUGUCGUGGAGGAGAUGAUGCGACAGGAGGCCUUUGAGUCGCCAUCCACUCAGAUCCUUUCACUCUACGCUCUGGCCAGUUAUUUAUCGACGAAUCCUGAACUCACAUGGCAAGAUGAGAGGAACCUGGGGUCUUCGCUCAUGAUUGCUGGCCUGAAGCAGCAGAACUCCACAGGCUUCAGUGCUCAGCUCCUCGGCCUCGCUCUCCUAGGCAAAGUGGAGAUGUCCCAGGGAAUCCACGCUGUGUUCCGCGACGCGCCUCUGACGUGGGUCCCGGGCUUCAUCAGCAGGGCCCUGCUGGUAAUGGAGCAGGCGUGUGACGCAGCCCCACACAUCAAGAUAUCCAAGGAGGCGGUCGAUUACCUAGGGGGGGUACUGAAAGAUCUGUCAGCCUCUCACACCCCUGAAGAGGGUGGGGAGACUCCAGAGACUGUCGAUGAGGAGGACCAGCUGGAGAGGAUGAAGGUCCCAGAAUAUUCCAGAAGGUUUAAGGAGCUGAACAGCUGUCUGCAGGCCCUGGAUAGAAUAGAUGUUCGCAGUCUGCAGGCCCUGACAUCCAGCCUGGCGGAGGAGAGCCUCGUCGCUGCAGAGGCACAGGACGUGCAGCGUUACCGGGGAGAGAUGAAGGAGUGGGAGGAGGAGCGGCGCGAUCUGGCCAGGAGGGAGGAGGCGCAGCGGGAGGAGGCGCAGCGGGAAUGGGCGGCCAGAGCAGCGGAGAAGGCAAGGCAGCCACUGCAGAAGCUGAGCCAUCGCUGAGACCCCCUGUGCUGAAAGGCCUGGACACUGCAUGAAGGGGUGGCACCAUAACUGUUCCAGUAGGCAUGUCCUCAGUCCUCGACCAAUGUAGGCAUGACAGCUUAAACAGGAACAUGUGGUCCGACGUCAAGGAACUGCUUGACCGGAAGAACGAUUCUCUCUGCCUUUGUACCUCAUUUGAAAAUAUUCCUCUCGCCAUGUGAAAUGAUAAAUGUUUGGGUAGCAGUAAUAAACAAAUCGGUCAACAAA